AACGAAGUUCCGCGGCAGUGCAAGUAUGGCGAAAGAGGAAGAGGGUCCCACACAGUCCAUCCUCCAUUAUCGAGUUGUUUAAAACCAGCUGAAGAGCAUCUUCAUUUUUUCAAGCCACAACAAAUCACGCAGCCCAUUACCAAAAAUUCACUCUCCGUUUAGAAAGAUUUUACAAAAGCUCCCAAAAAAAGUGAGGUUAGAAUAUAGAGUGAACAAAUGGGCUUAAGCCCCAGCUGGGUUUCUUUUAUUUUACCCAAUCUGUGAGUAUAGAAGCAUAUAAUAAAGCGCCCACGAGGGGAAAGGAACAAGAAUAACACAGAAAGAGCCUCCACAAGCUCCAUUGGCCUUUGGUUGGUUCAAGCUUUGGAGGGCUGAGGUUUGUUGUUCCGUUUCCAUGGCGGAAAUGUGGAGUGUGAUACCAGUGCUUCUUUGUUUAUUUGGUGUGUUUACUGUUGAAGCCUCUGUUUCUUAUGAUUCCAAGGCUAUUAUCAUUAAUGGGCAGAGGAGGAUUCUCAUUUCUGGAUCCAUUCACUAUCCAAGAAGCACUCCUGAGAUGUGGCCAGAUCUUAUUCAGAAGGCUAAGGAGGGAGGUCUAGAUGUGGUUGAGACUUACGUCUUUUGGAAUGGGCACGAGCCUGCACCUGGAAAAUACUACUUCGAGGGAAACUAUGAUUUGGUUAGGUUUGUGAAGCUGGUGCAGCAAGCUGGGCUUUAUGUUCAUCUCAGGAUUGGUCCUUAUAUUUGUGCUGAGUGGAACUUUGGUGGGUUUCCUGUUUGGUUGAAGUACAUUCCUGGUAUCAGCUUCAGGACAGAUAAUGCCCCUUUCAAGUUUCAAAUGCAAAAAUUUACCGAGAAAAUUGUUGAUAUGAUGAAAGCAGAGAGGCUAUAUGAAUCCCAAGGUGGUCCUAUAAUUUUAUCUCAGAUUGAGAAUGAAUAUGGACCUAUGGAAUAUGAACUCGGUGCACCAGGAAAAGCUUACUCGACAUGGGCUGCACAAAUGGCUUUGGGACUUGGCACUGGUGUUCCAUGGGUCAUGUGCAAGCAAGACGAUGCUCCGGAUCCUAUUAUUAACACCUGUAAUGGGUUCUAUUGCGAUUAUUUCUCUCCAAACAAAGCCUAUAAACCCAAGAUGUGGACGGAAGCCUGGACCGGAUGGUUUACUCAGUUUGGAGGUGCAGUUCCUCAUAGACCAGCUGAAGACAUGGCUUUUGCUGUUGCAAGGUUCAUUCAGAAGGGAGGAUCUUUCAUAAACUACUAUAUGUAUCAUGGUGGAACAAAUUUCGGACGAACUGCUGGUGGUCCUUUCAUUGCUACUAGUUAUGAUUACGAUGCCCCUAUUGACGAAUAUGGCUUAUUGAGGCAACCAAAAUGGGGUCAUCUGAAAGAUCUGCACCGAGCAAUAAAACUUUGUGAACCAGCUCUUGUGUCUGGAGAUCCGAUCGUGACUCGACUCGGGAACUAUCAAGAGGCUCAUGUAUUCAAAUCAAAAUCUGGUGCUUGUGCUGCAUUCCUUUCGAAUUACAACCCGAGAUCCUAUGCAACGGUAGCUUUUGGUAGUAUGCACUACAACAUUCCGCCUUGGUCUAUCAGCAUUCUUCCAGACUGCAAAAAUACAGUUUAUAAUACUGCAAGGGUUGGUGCUCAAACAGCAAGAAUGAAGAUGUCCCCGGUUCCGAUGCACGGUAGUUUAUCGUGGAAGGCGUACAAUGAAGAGCCAGCCUCGUACAAUGAUAAAGCGUUUACUACAGUAGGAUUGUUAGAACAGAUAAAUACUACAAGAGAUGCCACUGAUUACUUGUGGUACACAACAGAUGUACAUAUUGAUUCUAAUGAAGGGUUUUUGUGGAGUGGAAAGUAUCCUGUUCUUACGGUCUUGUCAGCUGGCCAUGCUAUGCACGUUUUCGUUAACGGUCAACUAGCAGGAACUGCUUAUGGAAGUUUAGACUUCCCAAAGCUAACAUUUAGACAGGGGGUGAACUUAAGGGCAGGGAACAACAAAAUUGCACUUCUAAGUAUCGCAGUCGGUCUCCCGAAUGUGGGUCCACAUUUUGAGAUGUGGAAUGCUGGUGUUCUCGGCCCGGUUAAUCUGAACGGUCUCAACGAGGGCAGAAGAGACUUGAGCUGGCAGAAAUGGACCUACAAGAUUGGUUUGGAUGGAGAAGCAAUGAGCCUUCAUUCACUCAGUGGAAGUUCCUCUGUCGAAUGGAUUCAGGGAUCUCUCAUUGCUCAAAGGCAACCCUUAACAUGGUUUAAGACUACUUUCAAUGCUCCAGCUGGUAGCUCACCCCUAGCGUUAGAUAUGAGUAGCAUGGGGAAAGGACAAAUAUGGUUAAAUGGCCAGAGCAUUGGGCGCUACUGGUCUGCUUACAAGGCAUCUGGUUCUUGUGAUCACUGCAAUUAUACUGGUACAUACAAUGAGAAUAAAUGCUUGAGUAACUGCGGCGAGGCGUCUCAGAGAUGGUAUCAUGUUCCUCGUUCUUGGUUAAACCCGACAGGAAAUCUGUUGGUUGUGUUUGAAGAAUGGGGCGGCGACCCGAACGGAAUUUCUCUGGUUAGGAGAGAUGUGGAAACUGUGUGUGUCAAUAUCAAUGAGUGGCAACCAACGCUUAUGAACUGGCAGAUGCAAGCCUCAGGUAAAGUUAACAAGCCCCUGAGGCCAAAAGCUCAUCUGUCCUGUGGCCCUGGCCAGAAGAUUUCAUCAGUCAAGUUUGCUAGCUUCGGAACUCCGCAAGGCGAAUGUGGAAGUUUCCGGGAGGGAAGCUGCCACGCCCAUCGCUCAUAUGAUGCUUUUGAACGGACAUGCGUUGGUCAAAACUUCUGCGCGGUAACGGUGGCGCCAGAGAUGUUCGGAGGCGACCCGUGUCCGAACGUGAUGAAGAAACUGUCGGUGGAAGUCGUGUGCAGCUGAUGGAUUAGUUAUUGGUUGAAGUUGGAAGUGUAGAAUGAAGCAAAACACAGUCAUUCAUUAUGGCAGAUCUCCAUUGGUGAAGUUGUACAAAAUAUACGACAGAGAGACUGAUGGAAGAGAAGCUAUUAUUGAGAUUGGGAUUAAGGGUAAAUAGUUAGCUGUUUUUGUUGGGAUUCUCACCGGCCAGUCACCAUAUUAUUAUAGAAAAAGUUAGGAGAAAUGAAAUUAUUGUAGGUUUGUUUGUGUCACAGAAGCACUUUGAGGUUUUAAUUAUUGAAUCCAUGUGCUUCUGUUCUUAUCACUUUUAAAGAAAAUGGAAGCCUCUGGCUUCUCUUCAUGUCUACUCUGUCACGUUAACGAUUGGAUAUUUA